ACUGGAUAGAUCACUGUCCCAUAACUUAAUAUACGUAGAACGUUUCGUCCUUACCGGCCCUACUCGCCCAGACCUCUGCUUCUUAGCGACAUUACGUAAAGCUCUCUCCCAACGACACGUGUCCAGGGCUCCGAGGGCACAACGUAGUGAGAUUCCAGUACUUGGGUCCGCUGAAACUGACCUUUGGGCGUGCAGGGUAUCUAGGGUUUUGUGUUCACACGUUCACAUGCUUAUCGUGCUCGAGUAGCGAUUAGUUGCCGCUCUACUUAUGAAGCAACGAGCAACCUCAUAAUUGAACAGGUGGGAAGAUCGUGAUUGGUGCCAUCUCUAAUCGCCCCGUGGCCAUUGGCCCUGUCUCGCCAUUUGGUGGUAAUGGCGGCGGUGAGUCCCGCUGUGUGCGGCGCUGCAGCAACGGUGGCUGUCGAGCGAUCGCUAGUCAUUGGGUCCAGGUCAUUGCAUGUGGGUGAGAGUUGCGGCGGCAGGAAAGCAGGAGCGUCUAGUGCCAUUGUGCGAAAGGGGGCAGAGCUAGGGACAGCUCACAGGAGAGGGAGUGCAGCUCCAUUGCCCGCAUCAGGGCCUUCGACCGCUGGCCGUGUGGUCACUCCCUAUGCUGGUGCGGAAUGUGACAGAGAAUCAGUCACGACAGCAGGUCAUUCUACUCCUGCUACAGUUUCGCAGUCACAGUCGCCGUCUUCAUUGUCAUCGCCAUGGGCAUCUUCGUCUCCAAUGCACGAAGCCGGGGAGCCAACGAGCCGCAGGUCACUUCUGUCCUUGUCAGCUGUUUUGGCAACCAUGGGGUGGAUGGGCCCAUCUGGGACGGGGCUGUUCGUUGACCGGAACCAUACUGAUGGAAUGGCUAUGGCCGCUUCUCUGCCGCCAACCGACGAUCAGGACAUCAGACUGUGCAACAGGGAGUGUGAACGUGACCUGGAGGGGAUCCCCACUGUCACCAUGGAGUCUGGACUCCAGUUUAAGGACAUUGUCGCGGGCAAGGGUCCCCAGCCACCGAUCGGCUUCCAAGUGGCCGCACAUUAUGUGGCAAUGUUGCCAGAUGGCAAAGUGUUCGACAGCUCGCUGGAGAAGGGAAUGCCGUACAUUAUCCGUCUAGGUGCUCGGCAAGUGAUAGCCGGACUCGACGAGGGUGUGCAGUCCAUGAAAGUGGGCGGCAAGCGCCGACUGUACAUCCCUGGAAAUCUUGCCUUCCCCAAGGGGCUAGCAUCGGCGCCUGGCCGCCCUCGUGUGGCAGCAAAUAGCCCUGUUGUUUUCGAUGUGCAGCUGCUUUACGUACCAGGUCUUGAGGACAUAGAGGAGGAAUAAUAAAGCAGAUUAUCAGCCUUAAAUGUAAACAUACCAUGUAGUGUCUCAUCACAACAGACUUUGUAAAGUUACACAUACUAUGUGAUUUCUAGUCGCAUCUCUCUGCCCGGAGGUCAAGGGGAAGACAGACAAAAACACACACUCAACUUCCUUUCUUUAUCUCCACCUGAGUAUUUCUUUACGUUGUCUACUUUGCACACAUUCUGGCCUUUUCGCAUAUAAUUCUCUUCAGUGUCUAAAUGCAGCAUCUUUAAAAAUACUCAGUGCCUCUUUGUUGGGAGUGCCUGCAACACUGUUAUAGGGGGCUGCUGUCUUCAAGAUGCCUGUGUGCUGGUGGCGACAAACAUUCACCAGAUCGACUUCCUGCCUUUUGAUACACUCUGUACAGUUCUACUUAUGCUGUGAGACAGUGUGAGUAGGUGAUGAUCUGCUUUGGUCCUUGCUGUAUGCGUAUAGAUUGCCUUGUGAGUGCUGUGCUGCUGCCUUGCUGCCCAUCCAAUUGUGUUGUGUUGCUGCGUGUUCUGCUCCUUUGCCUUGCCUAUCUGCCUGCCUUGUUUUGCCGUGCUGCUCGGCCACUUGCCUUGUGUCGCCAUGCUGCUCGGCUGCUUGCCUUGUAUUGUCUUGCUACUCACUGCUGGGUCUUGUUGCUUGCCUGCCUGCUUGUCUCCCUUGCCCUGCCACCCGCUUACCAAUGUGAGGCACUUCCCUUUUUUUUUUUUCCCCUCUUGUUGAUACUUGCCUGGUUGCCGUGAUGCCCGCCCCGC